AUGGCUAGUCACGGUCACGGACAUGGACACCAUUUCGAGGUGGUGUUUACUCGCAAAAUGGAGGAGAGAAAAGUCUUCAUGGAAGAGCUAAAGGAAAUACGAGCUCAGACAUAUAAACGUGUUUACAAAGAAAUAAAGAAGAACGUCGGGCCCAAAUGGUACCAAGCUCUUAGCGUCAAACAAAGAAGUGCUCUGGACACACUGAAUGGCUGUCUAUACAAAGACUUACUGGAAGGUCGUCCUGUGCGGACGGCGAAAGUAUUGAAUGCUCUAGGCAUAUACCCACGCCCUAACCGUCUAGAACUUCUAAACUGUAUGUACAUCGGCCGCAACGACAGCAAAGACUUCCUUGCCGAACUAUUUCUGUUUAUGUACAACCAUUAUUGCAGUGCACGACUCCCCUCAUACGACCUGAACGCAAGGCUUUUGCUUACGAGCAUUUUCUAUUUAGGUUUGGACAAUUUAUUGGCUUUGCUAGAGGAGACAUUUAAACCCGAUCCUCCCCCACCACCCCCUCCAAAACCAAAACCGAAGCCUAAACCUAUACUGGCGUCGCCGUAUCUUCAGGAAUUUGUUAUCCCGAUUUGGGAACCGACGCGUCCUAAGCGCAAGCCGCCUCAGCCGCUGCCGGUAAACCUGGAUCACUUGAACGAGCCAUACGAGGAGGACCCGCCUGUGCCGCGACCGCCGCCGCCCCCGCCGCCACCGCCGCCACCUAAGAAGAGACUCCCAGAAGCAUACUGUGCGGCAUUAGCAGGUUAUACUAAAUUGGAACCCUAUAGAACUCAGAAACCAACUGAAAUCAGAAGAAUUGGACCUCCGGGUAAAAAAGUACGUGCAUCAAAGCUUUGUCUUGUGGAGACUAAGAAAAAGACUUAUGGUCUCGGCGCCUUGAUAAAAGCUCGAAAAAAACGUAGAAGAAAACCUAAAGCCCCUAGCACAGGCUUGCCUAAUGCACAAUACAUUAUUAAUGGCGUUUAUACUUACAAUGGUAAAGCACAUUUCGUUCUUGGUUCCGUAUCUAUUAUACCACCCAACGGCGAUCUAAUACACGGAGGGUACUACUUGAUGGGAGAUGAAUACGUUAGGAUACACCUUGGUAUCAGAGCUUUUCCAGUGCCGCCUCCACCGCCUCCUUGCGAUUGUUUGAAAAAAUGGUCGCCUUCCAUUAUUCGCUAUUUAGAACAAACUAAAUGCCACUGUGGACAUUACUACGAUUUUGGAAAUGAGGGUACCUAUCCGAUAGAAGAACCACAAUUCUUUGACAAACCUACAGGCAAAUUGCCUAGUCAGUUUAAUUACAAUACAAUUUACGAAUUAGAUCCGAGAAUGACUCAUGUAGAAAGGGAGUUGAAAAGACAUUGGGAAACCGACAGCGUGCUGCAUUCAGACGACGAUACUGAUCCAAAUCAGCAAAAGAAAAAGGCAAAGAAGAAGAAAGUGGUAAAAAAAUCGUCCACUACAUGUUUAGGAGAUAAACCGACAAUCGAAGAUUACUUACGUUGUGCGUUACGGGGGAUGAGGCGUAUCAAUAUCGCAUCGAAGCUACCAGACGUACAUCUUACUCCGGAGCUCAAGGAAUGGAUGCGCAGUCGUAUCUAUGGCCCUCACACCCGACAAGAGAAAAAGCGAUUGCUCCGAAAAAGCACCACAUGGUGGGCUUACCUCAAGUCUUUCCAAAAAAUGGGUCUCGGUAAAACUAUUGCGCCCUAUGACCCUCUGUACUCUAUGGUUUCAACGUGGAGACAUAAACAGAGUCUGAACGAUCAAUUUAGAAAAUAUAUUAUGAGGUACAGAUUUCAGAUGCUUAAAACACACGCGUACUUCAAUAAUUUGUUUUGGGGCACUAUGUUUCAGGCAAAAUUUCCUGAUAAGCAUUUUAGAGAUAUAUUUUUCUCUUACUUAGUAUCGCGGGUGUCGGAUGUGCAUAUAAUACAUCCAUACAGCACGGUUGAGACCGCCGAACGCUGUGAACUCAUGCGGAAGAGGGCUCUCAUCUGCCUUCCGAAAGGAGCAGAAGAUGUUGAUACAGGCGGGGGUUAG